CAAAUUACUUCCUUCUAAAUUUUCUUUUGGUUAAUAUCUGAUAUUAUUGGAAAUAAAUAAAAGGAUAAUAACUUUGUUGAUGUGAUGUCUACACGAUCAGACAUCCAUCGCAUGCUUCAACGAUGGUCAAGAUAUAUUCAACAACGACGACAACACUGACUUCAGAUUUUGUGUCCAAAAUCCCAGCAAAUAUUCUCAGUACCACCAUUGAAAAUCUGAAUUCUAUUGUUGACAUUUCACUUUCCAAAGGUGUUUUCACUCUAAAGGGAGAUUGGGAAGAUCUUUAUACUGCAUACACAUUGCUUAAAGAUUGUUUGAAAGUCAAAAAGAAUAAGAAUAAUCAUGCACGUUUUAAUGAUAUCAUUGUUGAUGAAAUUAGCGAGAUUAAUGAUGGUACCAAACUCGAUACUAAGAAUGAUGUUAAAAUUAAAAACGAAAAACCGGAGGAUACGUUGGAAAAUGAAACAGGUCCUGGUGAGGUUCUAAAAGUUAAAAAGGAAAUAACAGAUGGAGGCCCGAUUUUGGAUGCUGAUGAAACUACACAGAAUAUCGAUUUUGAGGAGGAGAAGGAGGAACCAGAAAAUAUUUCCGAACAUCAGUGUAGCAAAUGUGAUUAUACUGGUAAAAAUGAGAGGCAGCUGUUUAAUCAUAUCAAUAGAGUUCAUCAAAGAAAAUACAAAUGCAAUGAAUGUGGUAAAAAAUUUGGAUAUAAGGGAGAUUUAAAACGCCACCAUUCUGAAGUUCACAGCUCAAAAGAGCGCUAUUUUUGUAAGAUAUGUAAUAAGUAUUUGAAAACUAAAACAUACAUCGAUGACCACAUGCAACUGCAUAAAGACAAUUAUGUUUAUCAUUGUAAAAUAUGUGAGAAGUCGUUUAGUACCAAAGGAACAUUUUCUAAACACAUGAAGCUAAAACACCCCAAGUCAACUUUUGAUGAAGACAUGCUUAAUGAUGUUUUACCAGAAACAAAUGAUGAGAACAUCAAACAGACUGAGGGAGACAUGGAGAUUGAAAAUGGUAAAUCUGAUGACAAAAACUCAGAAGUAAAAGAUGAACAUUUAAAUGAAUCUGUCAAAUUUAGAGAUUCUUUUCAAAUGUUGUUAUCAGAUGAUGAAAAUGAAAGUAGCAAAACUGUUCAUGAUGGUAAAUUUUUCAAAGUUUCUCUUAAAAAGGGUAAGAACAGGGGCAGACCAAGAAUAAAAUCUCAGGUUGAUGGACGAACUGAAUUUCCAUGUCAUUUGUGUGAAUACAUUGGCAAAAGAGAGUGUCAUUUGGAGUACCAUAUAAAACGUAACCAUAGUCAAAAGCUUGUUUGUGACGUUUGUAAUAAACAGUUUGGUUACAACUGGGACCUUAAACGACACAGAGAACAAGUACAUGCAGAGGCUUCAUACUUUUGCCACAUUUGCAGCAAGGCUUAUAAAGUUAAGAAAAGUUUCGAUGAACAUUUGAAGUCUCAUGAAGAUGGCUAUGUGAAAUCUCGCUUUCCAUGCCCCAUGUGUGAAAAAUCUUUUUCUGCUAAACAGGUCUUAGAAAAUCACAUGAAGUAUAAACAUUUAGGUGCCAAGCAAAAAGAAAAACAACGGUACCUUUGCCAAACCUGCGGGCAGGAAUUUUAUCACAAGUACAGUUAUCAGAGCCACAUGAACAAGCAUGCCGGAUUGAUGCCUUACAACUGUGAUGUUUGUGGAAAGGCGUUUGCCAGUGAACAUUCUGUGAGAGAGCAUCAGAUUGUCCACAAAAACACCCGUAACUUCACCUGUGCCUACUGUCCAAAAUCCUUCAAAACAUCCUCUGCCUUGAAGGCACACGAGGCCAUCCAUGUUGGAGAAAAGAGCUACAAAUGUUCUGUGUGUGGAAAAGGGUUUGUCCAAAAGCAAUCUCUACUUCGCCAUGAGAGGAUCCACAGUGGUUACAAGCCGUACAAGUGUUUACUCUGUGCACGCCGUUUCACCGACAGUGCCACUGUGCGUAAACACAUGAUCCUUGUGCACAAAAAAGACCCGCACAACUGGCAGGGUGACGUGGUGUCUGACUUAAAAAAGAAUUUUGAAUUCUGGAGGGAAGAUGAGGAAUCUGAUUCUGAGAAGAGCAAAGCUGGGCCUUCAGAUUCCCAUGAAUCGAGGGAAGUGCGGGAAGCUACGUACAGUGGUGAAGUCACCUCGGCAUAUACCAAUCCGCAGUCGUACACUGAUAUACAUGUAUCAAACUCAGCUCACCAUAAUCUGUCCACAGAUUUGUCUCACUCCCAAAUGUCACACAUGGCUAUGUUACAGAAUGUUUCAGGUUCUAUGGCAGUAAACCAUCAGGGACUCCCUCCCACCUUAUCAGUUCCACUUCGAGAUGGGAACGCUGUCAACCACAUGAAUACUAGUCAUAACACUCAUAACCCUCAUAUCAGCCAUAACACCCAAUUGUCUGUUGCUCACAACCCUACUCACAGCACAGCUGCUGAAAUGGCCGCAGCCAGCAUAUUGAACCUCUCUUCACAUUUGCCGCCUCUCACUCAGACGAUAAACCAUCUGUCUUCCAUGCCCAGUGGCGAAGGACAAAUGCCACCGAUACUGAACCUUACCACCAUGCCCAACAUGAGCUAUAGCCAUAGCCAGUCUACUCAAGAUUAAUUUCAAUGACUGGCCUUUUGUAUUGUAUAUUUCCUAAAUACAUGUACUUUCAUGUAGUGAUCACUGCUUUGAUUUUGUAACUGCUAUGUUACUUCAAGUAGAUGUAUACUAUUUAUGAUAACUCAUCAUUUUAUUGUUAAUUUUCUGACAAAAUACUUGUAUUUUCAAAGUGAUUUUGUCAAGUAAGGUAUCUUUGUGUUCUUUUAGUGCUUUAAAUUUCUCUAAAUUCCUUAAAAUGAAUUAUUUAAAAACAAUUUUUAUGUACUUUUUAUUUUCCAGUAUUACCAAAGAGUAAAGUUAUAGGGUUAUUAAAGACAAUGAAAUUGACUGCCUCUGACAGGCUGUUUCCCAAUAGCAAAAGAGUCCCCAUUCCCACCAAAAUUAUUUUUACAAUGAGCUUGUGAAUGAAAUUAAGAAACAGUUUAGUUUACUAAGUAUUUUUGUAUUUUCGUCAUUGCUUUGGCCUGAUUAUUUAUCUACCCCAGUUAGUCUAGUCAUUUUUACAAUAAGGGAGGCACAGGAUGUUGAAGAAAAUAAAAAAUAAAAUCACUCAAGGAUUUUAGGUCUUAGGUCAUUUAACCUUGCCUAUCUUAGUUCACUGAAUCUGUAAUUAUGCCCCCCUUCGAAGAAGAGGGGUAUAUUGCUUUGCACAGGCAUGUCGGUUGGUCGGUCGGUCCGUCGGUAGACCAAAGCUUGUCCGAGUGAUAACUCAACAAUUCCUGGACGUAUGGUCAUCCAACUUCACAUGAAGGUUGGGCCUGACCAGUAGAUGACCCCUAUUGAUUUUGGGGGUCAUUGGGUCAAAGGUCAAGGUCACAGUGACCUUUAAUGGUAAAAUAAUUAUAAAGCUUGUCCGAGUGAUAACUCAACAAUGCCUGCACCCAUGGCCCUCAAACUUGAAAUGGAGGUUGGGCCUGACCAGUAGAUGACCCCUAUUGUUUUGGGGGGUCAUCAGGCCAAAGGUCAAGGUCACAGUGACCUUGAAUGGUAAAAGGUCGUCCGAGUGAUAACUAGACAAUGCCUGCACCCAUGGCCCUCAAACUUGACCUGGAGAAUUGGCCUGACCAGGAGAUGACCCCUAUGGUUUUUGGGGUCAUCUGGCCAAAGGUCAAGGUCACAGUGACCUGGAAUGGUAAAAGGUUGUCCGAUUGAUAACUCGACAAUGCCUGCACCCAUGGCCCUCAAACUUGACUUGGAGGUUGGGCCUGGCCAGAAGAUGGUCCCUAUUGAUUUAAGGGGGUCAUUGGGCUAAAGGUCAAGGUCACAGUGACCUGGAAUGGUAAAAGGUUAUCCGAGUGAUAACUCAACAAUGCCUGCACCCAUGGCCCUCAAACUUCACUUGGAGGUUGGGCCUGGCCAGAAGAUGGUCCCUAUUGAUUUAAGGGGACAUCAGGUCAAAGGUCAAAAUCACAGUGACCUUGAAUGGUAAAAGGUUGUCCGAGUGGUAACUCAACAAUGCCUGCACCCAUGGCCCUCAAUCUUGACAUGGAGGUUGGGCCUGACCAGUAGAUUACCACUAUUGAUUUUAGGGGUCAAAGGUCAAGGUCACAGUGACCUUGAAAGCGAACUUGACAAUUCCUGGACCUAUGGUCAUCAAACUUGACAUGAAGGUUGGGCCUGCCCAGUAGAUGACCCCUAUCGACUUUGGGGGUCAUCAGGCCAAGGUCAAUGUCACAGUAACCUUUAACGCAAAUCUUCUCCCACUGAUAUCUCAACAAUGCCUGAACCUAUAAUCAUUAAACUUGACAUGGAUGUUAAGCCUGACCAGUAGAUCACCCUUAUUGAUUUUAGGAUUCAUAGAGCCAAAGGUCAAGGUCACAGUGAUCUUGAAUGGUAAAAGGUUGUCCGAGUGAUAACUCAACAAUGCCUGAACCCAUGGCCCUCAAACUUGACUUGGAGUUGCAUCUGACUUGUAGAAGACCCCUUAUGAUUUUAAGGGUCAUUGGGUCAAAGGUCAAGGUCACAGUGACCUUGAACGAAAAAAACUUGUCUGUGUGAUAACUUGACAAUGCCUGCACCUAUGGCCCUCGAACUUGACAUUUAGGUUUCUGGUGACCAGCUGAUGACUCUGGAUUUUGAGUUCAUAGAGUCAAAGGUCAUGGUCAUAACACAAUCUAUUCUCACACUUUAAUGGUCAUAAUCUUAAAACUGCCUUAACGGCAACAAAUCAGCUGUCAUUUUGGUCCAUGCAUAUUUCAUUCAAUUGUCCAUAUAAUCCUGACAACAUGGCGCUCAGGGGGGGGGGGGGGGCAUAAUGUUUGACAAACAUCUCUUGUUUUAGAGAGGUUCGGAUGUUUUUAUAAAAAUAAAUAUUUUUUUGCAGUUUCUAUCAAUUAUUUUAGUAUGGUAAAGUAUUAAAAUAACAUUUUUUUGUUGCAUUUAGAUUUAAAGUAUUAAAAGAUUUAGAGUGAUACAGCAAUUUAUAAGAUCAUUAAGUUGUUUAAAACGUUUUUUAUGACCAUAUAAUUACUUUUUUCCCGGCCAAUAUCUGCUUUUUGGAUAUUUCUGUAUUAUAAUGAUUGAUACAUAUUGUAUUUAUAAUAUUUCUUUAAUGAAGAUUCCCACAUGAUAUAUGUUUAUGAUUAUUUAAAAUAACUCCUAUUAUGAUAAAUAGGAGGUCUGGUUUUUUAUCCCAUAUUUGUUUGAUUUUGAAUAGAACCAUUGAAUAUAAUAUUUACAUUCUCAGCACAGAGCUGAUUCUUUUGCUUGAUUUUACUGAAGUUUCUAAGAAUGUUUAUUUUGUAAGAUUUUUAUAUAUUUUAGAAAUAAUUUACAUCGAUCAGUAUCUUUUGCUGAUUUGUUGUUUUAUAUCUGAAAUUAUUUGAAGGAGUUGCAUUUACGAAACACCUGGGCCCGAUAUCACAAUAAUACUUAAAGCCCUAGUUGAAGGAAUGUUUGGCAUGAUAAUCCCCUGCUGUGCAUCUCCUGCUAAUUUCCUGUGUAUUUGUUUAUUGGCUCAGGGCCAUUUAGGGUCCAUUUCUAUAAUGAAACUUCCAAAACUGCACAGCAGGAUACAGAUUGGAGAUCUGAUAAGAGGAAUAAAGGCAAGUAGAUUAAGAUCAAUAAACAGAGGUUGUGUACUGUACACAGUUUUGGUGGGGGGGGGGGGGAGGGGGGUCACUUACAGAAGGCUUAAACUAGGCCUUUAAGUCAAAUCUCAAUCUCGGUCUCAAAUCAUUUUUCCACAUAAAAGCAUAGAAUGAUUCUUAUUUCUGUAUGUUUUUAGCGGGAUUUUUCAUUGAAAAAUUACGAGUUAUAGAAUGGCGAAAACUGGGUGGGCGGUCGUUAACAAUUUUGUGUUAAAGUUUUCAUUUUAUGUAAUAAAAUCAAGAGUUUUUAUCCAAUGGUAAUCAAACUUAAUACAAUGGUAGUGUAUAAUGAGAGGAAGUGCAGUGUACAAUAUCCAUGACUCUUUUCUUGCUUAUUACUGAGUUAUUUCCCCUUGUAUCUUUUUUUGUCCGGAGUAUAACUUGAAAAGUUCUGGAUGGAAUUCAUUGGAACUUCAUACAAUGGUAAAGCAGAGUGAGAGGAAGUGCAGUGUACAAUAACCAUAGCUCUAUUCUUGCUUAUUACUGAGUUAUUGCCCCUUGUUACUUUUUUUGUCCGGAGUAUAACUUGAAAAGUACUGGAUGGAAUUCAUUGGAACUUCAUACAAUGGUAAAGCACAGUGAGAGGAAGUGCAGUGUACAAUAACCAUAACUCUAUAAUUGCUUAUUACUGAGUUAUUGCCCCUUGUUACUUUUUUUGUCCGGAGUAUAACUUGAAAAGUACUGGAUGGAAUUCAUUGGAACUUCAUACAAUGGUAAAGCAGAGUGAGAGGAAGUGCAGUGUACAAUAACCAUAACUCUAUUAUUGCUUAUUACUGAGUUAUUGCCCCUUGUUACUUUUUUUUGUCCGGAGUAUAACUUGAAAAGUUCUGGAUGGAAUUCAUUGGAACUUCAUACAAUGGUAAAGCAGAGUGAGAGGAAGUGCAGUGUACAAUAACCAUAACUCUAUUCUUGCUUAUUACUGAGUUAUUGCCCCUUGUUACUUUUUUUGUCCGGAGUAUAACUUGAAAAGUACUGGAUGGAAUUCAUUGGAACUUCAUACAAUGGUAAAGCAGAGUGAGAGGAAGUGCAGUGUACAAUAACCAUAACUCUAUUAUUGCUUAUUACUGAGUUAUUGCCCCUUGUUACUUUUUUUUUGUCCGGAGUAUAACUUGAAAAGUUCUGGAUGGAAUUCAUUGGAACUUCAUACAAUGGUAAAGCACAGUGAGAGGAAGUGCAGUGUACAAUAACCAUAACUCUAUUCUUGCUUAUUACUGAGUUAUUGCCCCUUGUUACUUUUUUGUCCGGAGUAUAACUUGAAAAGUACUGGAUGGAAUUCAUUGGAACUUCAUACAAUGGUAAAGCACAGUGAGAGGAAGUGCAGUGUACAAUAACCAUAACUCUAUUAUUGCUUAUUACUGAGUUAUUGCCCCUUGUUACUUUUUUUGUCUGGAGUAUAACUUGAAAAGUACUGGAUGGAAUUAAUUGGAACUUCAUACAAUGGUAAAGCACAGUGAGAGGAAGUGCAGUGUUCAAGAACCAUAACUCUACCUAAACUAAUUACUGCGUUAUUGCACUUUAUUUGUUUUUUUUGCUGUCAAUUUGUUUUCCAGACAUUAACUUGCAAACUACUUGAUGGAAUUUAUUAAAACUUCAUACAAUGGUAAAGCAUAAUGAGAGGAAGUGAAGUGCACAAGAACCAUAACUCUAUUUCAGCUUAUUACAGAGUUACUGCCCUUUGUUACUUUUUUCUUGUCCGGAGUAUAACUUAAAAACUAUGGGAUGGAAUUUAAUAAAACUUCAUACAGUGAUAGGUCAUAAUGAGAGGGAGUGGAGUGUACAGGAACCGCAAUUCUAUUUCAGCUUAUUACAUAGUUAGUGCCCUUUGUUACUUUUUCUUGUCCAGAGCAUAACUUAAAAACUAUUGGAUGGAAUUUAAUAAAACUUCAUACAGUGAUAUAUCAUAAUGAGAGGGAGUGCAGUGUACAGGAACCGCAAUUCUAUUUCAGCUAAUUACAGAGUUACUGUCCUUUGUUUCUUUUUUCUUGUCCAGAGCAUAACUUGAAAACUAUUGGAUGGAAUUUAAUAAAACUUCAUACAGUGAUAGAUCAUAAUGAGAGGAAGUGUAAUGUACAGGAACCGCAAUUCUUUUUCAGCCAAUUACAGAGUUAUUGCCCUUUGUUACCUUUUUCUUGUCCGGAGCAUAACUUGAAAACUAUUGGAUGGAAUUUAAUAAAACUUCAUACAGUGAUAGAUCAUAAUGUGAGGGAGUGCAGUGUACAGGAAUUGCAAUUCUAUUUCAGCUUGUUACAGAGUUACUGCCUUAGCAGAAAGAAUUCCACGGCCAUAAAAAUUCAUUAAUUUUUGUCAAAUCUUUAUGAGACUUGCUCAGAAUAUUUGUCUACUUGUUGUCUUAAACAUUUGUGAAUAUGGGUCACCUCAGAUCAAAAACUAAAAAUACUAGGUCACUAGCUCAAAUCCUCGGUUUGCAAAAUUUCAUCGUCAAAUAAAAAUCUGGCUUUAAUGCGGCGUUGCAGCUUAUUUAAAAUAUUUGUUAAAAAUAUUUGAGUUGCAAUUAAUUACAUUUUGUGCUGUAGAAUAAUUUUUCUUAGGGAUAUUCACCAAAGCUUUUAAUAAACAUAAUCUAUGAGAGAUACUGCUUUUAAAAGGUUUAAAACCAUAUAUGAUUUUUAAUAACUUUUGAUGCUAUGUGAUGAAAUGAGUCCAGGCCCCAAUUUCUCGAAACUUCUUAAGUCCCUUAUAACAGGAUUAAGCCAAGCUCACUAUUUUUGUUUUUCAAUAAUUUGCGUAAUACAAACUUCUUUAAGAGUUUUUAUACUUAAGAUCGGAAUUAUCUUUAUGAUUAUCCAAAUAAACCAUUUUUCCAUUAUCAAAAUUCAAUUUAAGUAUAUAUUUUGGCUAUUUGAAAUAAGCUACUUAAGCCUGUUAAGCUUAAGAAGUUUCGAGAAAUUGGGGCCAGUAUUUUUGUGACAUUGGGGCCGGAAUAAUCUUGUAAAUGGUAAACUUUAAACUGGUCAACUUCAAAACAAUCUGGUUUUCUUUUGUUAUCAUUUAUUUUAGGAUGUUGUAAACUCUUUUAUUACACUACCAUUUUGGUGUAAAUUUUGAAUACCAAAAUUAUUGAAAAAGACAUGUUCAUGCAAAGAUAGAAAAACAUUAUUUUUUUUAGUAAAAUUUAAAAUAUAUGAACAUAAUACGCCUUGUAAAUAAUGAUCACCUAUGGCUUUGAAAGUCUAAUUUUAGUGCCUUCUUAAGGACAAAUGUUUUACCGCUACAUGUUAGGUAAAUAGUUAAUUUUUCAAAAAUUAUUGAGUGUCACUUAUUGAAUCUAUUUAAUAUUAGUUUGUUUGUUUUCUGAAGAAUAAUCUUGGUGUUGUUUUGCAAUCACUUGAACCUUUGAUACUCAAGAAAACAUUGAAACUUUAUAGUCAUGUUGGAAAAACGUUAACCUUUAAUACUGAAGAAAACAUUGAAACUUGGUAGUCAUGUUGGAAAAACCUUUACCUUUGAUACUGAAGAAAACAUUGAAACUUGGUAGUCAUGUUGGAAAAACGUUAACCUUUAAUACUGAAGAAAACAUUGAAACUUGGUAGUCAUGUUGGAAAAACGUUAACCUUUAAUACUGAAGAAAACAUUGAAACUUGGUAGUCAUGUUGGAAAAAGUUUAACCUUGGCCCAAAUUAAAAAACUGUUCCAGAUAUUCAAAUGAAACUUGAUAUACAUAUUUCCAGACACAAUACACACAUUUAAUAAGGCCCUUAACUCUGGCUUUAAUACUUGGAAGUUAUGCCCCUUGAUCGAAUGAAAAAAAAAUAGAAGGGCGUUGGUGUUCCUCUGUGGCAGUCUUGUUUACAUUCUGGUAUCAUUAAAACUCAUAUUUACCCCGAGGUUCAUACUUGUUCUUUAAUGAUCUAAUGACCAUAUGCUGUUCUCUAUAUUUUUAUUAGCAAUCUUCUCAAUAAAGUCGGUUGUUCUAUAUCAAUAUUUUCAAUACUGUAAAUGUUACCCAUUAAGUAAUUUUGUUGAGUGUAUAUUUAAGUAGUCAUAUUGUGUUAAUAAAGUGAAUGAAGGAUA